UCCAGUUCGUUAAUGCGGUCAUUCAGGAACUGGAGUUGGCUGCACUUCCCGCAGGUGUAGUCAUCAGGGAGACCAUCAGGUUCCAUGAAUUCCCACAUCCUACAGGAGGAGCAUUCCACUGCCAUCCUGCCUGCACUGUACAGUGGGCAACCAAGACCAAAUCAGCAAUCACGAAAGGAAAAUCCUACCCUUCUUACCUGUUUCUUUGGCCUCGGCCUCUUCUUGUCGAAGCUUCUUGAGUCAAAGAUUCUGACUCCAACUCCCACUCAAUCGAUGGCCGCUCCGCUGGACCCCGUCUGUCUUUAAUGGUUAAAAAAAAGAACAACUCCCACGCAAAGAGAAAGAACUCUGUGUUUGGUGGUUCUUUGCCCGCCUUCCUGCCGCCGAUACCUCUGACCACUGAGGUCUCCCUCUCAGAUGUGGACCAGAGUCUAUACAAAGUGGAAAUCCGCCCAGUCCAUUGCAAAGCUUCCAGUGUUGGGACCAGUGAGUGAAGAGAGGGAGCUAAAGGAUGCAUCUCUUUAUAGCAGCCCAUCACCAUGGGCAAUGCCAUUGCCGAGAUGGCUGUGUUCCUGAACAAGGACACUGCAGUGAUGACCUGUAUGUCAGUUACAGCCUUCCUAAAGGGCGGUACUGAAGGAGCGUUGCGCUGUGCGAGGGGCGGAACGGAGGGAGCGCCGCGACGUGGGAGGGGUGGAACUGAGGGAGCGCCACGCCGUCAGAGGGUUAGGAGGGACGCAGGGAUUGGGAGUUGGCGCCGGGGAGGAGUCAGUCGGCAGCAGAAUGCGGGCGCGGACAGGCGGCCCGGGCAUCCCCGAGAGGGUAGCCCUGAAGAAAGAGAUCGGACUUCCCAGCGCCUGUGCCAUCAUUGUGGGAAACAUCAUCGGAUCAGGAAUCUUCAUCUCACCAAAGGGAGUGCUGGAACAGGCGGGCAGUGUGGGUCUGGCCCUUGUGGUCUGGACUCUGGCUGGUCUCGUCACCGUCAUUGGCUCCCUCUGCUAUGCUGAGUUGGGAGUCACCAUUCCCAAGUCCGGAGGGGACUACGCCUAUGUGAAGGAGGUGUUCGGGGGCUUACCUGGGUUCCUGGUGCUGUGGAGCGCACUGCUGGUGAUCUACCCCACAACGCAGGCAGUGAUGGCUCUAACCUUUGCCAGUUAUGUGCUUCAGCCCGUCUUCCCUGAGUGUGUGCCGCCUUACGUGGCCUCGAGGCUCCUGGCUGCCCUCUGCCUCAUACUGCUGACCUGGGUCAAUUGCUUCAGUGUACGAUGGGUGACAUGGAUACAGGACCUGUUCACUGCGGGGAAACUGCUUGCUCUAGGACUCAUCAUCAUGGUGGGGUUUGUGCAGAUCUGCAGAGGUCACUAUGAAGCCCUCCGGCCGAGCAUGGCAUUUGACAGUGCCUCCAGCCCCCACAUUGGGCACAUUGCCCUUGCUUUCCUACAGGGUUCCUUCUCCUACAGUGGCUGGAACUUCCUCAACUAUGUCACCGAGGAGCUGGUUGACCCACAGAGGAACAUUCCCCGUGCCAUCAUCAUCUCCAUCCCUCUCGUCACAUUUGUCUACAUCUUGGCCAAUGUCGCCUACGUCUCAGCCAUGAGCCCCCAAGAGCUCCUGGACUCUGCAGCCGUGGCCGUGACAUUUGGUGAGAAGCUGCUGAGCUCUGUGCCGUGGAUCAUGCCUCUCUCCGUGGUCCUGUCAACCUUUGGAGGAAUCAAUGGCUACCUCUUCACCUCAUCCAGGUGAGAAUAGAGCCCAUCCAUCCUUGCCCUGGGUACUGAGUGCAGGGAAAACCAGGACGCUGGACCUGCCCGGAGCACCCUCCCUGUGGGGUGAAGGUCGGAAGAUUGUCAAAAUUACAGUAGGAGGUGAAGUGCUGGCAGAUGAAGUUCAUCUCAAUGUAUGAGAGGAUGUUUUGGGAAGUUGGAUUGGAAGGACAUGCAUAGUGCAAGAAAUUCCCAAAUUGAGAUCAGAUUCAUGUCAAACUAGUUGAUUGUUAUAAAAGACUAGAUAUGUUGAAGAAUCAAAAAUUACCCGAUUGCAGAUGGCUGGUCCCAUAGAGGUUUCCCUCGGUGUGUGUUUGGUAGUGUUGAUCAAAUCCCAAUCCUCUGACAGGGAUCUGGUACGGAAAGGUGGCUUCUGUCUGUCAGUCUUUCAACUGAGUCAAAAUUACCCCAUCUGCCGACCCCACUCCCCCCUCCGCCAUCUGCCUAUCACCCUCCUCACUGGGUCCACCCAUCACCUCCAGGCUCUGUCACUAUUCCCACUCCCUCCUCCUCCAUCUAUCAUCCCUCCUCACCUGUAUCUACCCAUCACCUCCCAGCUUCUAUCACUAUUCCCACUCCUUCUCACCCCAGAUCCACCCCUCAAUACACUCUACGUUUCACAAGAGUGCUCAGAAAUCCUUCUUUAUUCCUUUAACAAAUGUACUAUGUCUAACUCAAGUUCAAGUUUAAUUGUCAUUCGACCAUAUAUGAAUGCCCAUGGAUACAGCCAAAUGAAACAGCAUUCCUCUGGGGCCAGGGUGCAACACACAGACCAUACACAGCACAAGGCACAUAUAGGAUGUAUAAGACAGCAGUAAACAUAUAGUCACUCAAAAAAUAUAAUAUAGCCCAAGUCCGAGUGCAUGAAUGUUGUUGGCUUGAGCAAGCCUGCAGCACUCUGCAGACGAGCACAGUCCACCUUAUCUUCCCUCCAGCGAACACUAAGGGCAAUAGCAGCACCUCCCUCCAGCACGGCUGCAAACAGGUGACACCACAGCACGAGGCCGAGUCUUCGCUACAGCUCAGGCCACGCAGCUCCUCCGUCAUCGAUCUCGCCAAUAAACCAGUGAGCCAGACUUGCAAUCACAAGAAAAAUGACCAAAUCACUCACACCGCCUUUGUGCACCAGCUCUGAUGCCUCUCUGGAGUAGGCAGCAAGUCUGCAUCAAUUCCUUCACCUUCAGUUCUUCUGGCAACAAGCAGUUUGCUGAUAGCAUAGACAUGCAGUACUUGAAAUUCUUGAUGUCCAGCAGGGUCUUAUGAUUAUUUAACAUUUUAAAAAGUCAAGAACACUUUUGGCUGGCCCCAUAAAGGCCACUGCAGGUGAGCACACGACCCUCUGACUGGAAAAUCCCUGAUAGCUGACAAAUCCAAUCAUCCUGAGUGUUUGGCCGAAACAUCUCCUCAUUCUUUUCUCCCAGGUCCAUUGUUCAGUUCAGGUGCACUCAAUCAAUUGUUUGGGGAGAUGGGGCAAAGCUAGGGGUUCAGGAGAGGGGAGACAGGGCAGUGGGGAAUUAGGGAAGAGUGAGGUGCAACAACAGAUUGUCCAGUGGUCACUCCUGUGCUGGCAGGUUUUCCGAUCCUGCUGUGUCAGAGAGCCUCUAAGCUGACGGUGUUCCAGAACAUGUGUUCCCCGCAGGUGUCACAGAAUGUGCCUGAUGUCAUUUUCUGUCUCUUGUUCACAGACUAUGCUACGCUGGAGCACGACAGGGUCACUUGCCCAGUGUACUGGCCAUGAUCCACAUCACACGGUGUACGCCCAUCCCAGCCCUCCUCUGCUCCGUAAGGAUGACCGAGGCUACAGCCUCAUUGUCCCAAUCCCUCCAGCACUUGCAAGUACAGACGGGGUCAAAGGUUACUUUGCUGGGGAGCUACUUCAUUACCAAUCAGCACCUUCGUCUCUGAGUCUCAGAAUGGACCAAUCGGUAUCAGGGACAGAGGGAUGGUGGGAGGGGGAAGGUGUGUGUAGGUAACACAGUCAAAGGAGGGAUGCGUUAGUGUCCCAACGGUCAAGGAUGUGUCGGUGUUACAGUGAUGGACAGGGUGUGUGUGUGUGUCAGUGUUACAGUGACAGACAGGGGGGUGUGUGUCAGUGUUACAGUGACGGAAUGGGGGUGUAUGUGUCGGUGCUAUAGUGAUGGACGGGGUGUGUCUGUGUUAGUGUUACAGUGACAGACAGGGUGGGUGUGUUUGUGUGUGUGUGUCAGUGUUACAGUGAUGGACAGAGGGGUGUGUGUCGGUGUUACAGUGACAGACGGUGUGUGUGUGUGUCGGUGUUACAGUGACGGACGGGGGGGUGUGUCAGUGUUACAGUGAUGGACGGGGUGUGUGUGUGUGUCUGUGUUACAGUGACAGACAGGGUGUGUGUGUGUCAGUGUUACAGUGACGGAUGGGGUGUGUGUGUGUGUGUGUCGGUGUUACAGUGACGGACGGGGGGGUGGGUGUCGGUGUUACAGUGAUGGACGGGGGUGUGUGUGUCGGUGUUACAGUGUUGGAUGGGGGGUGUGUCGGUGUUACAGUGACGGACGGGGUGUGUGUGUGUGUCGGUGUUACAGUGACGGACGGGGUGUGUGUGUGUCGGUGUUACAGAGAUGGAUGGGGGGUGUGUCGGUGUUACAGUGACAGAUGGGGGGGUGUGUGUUGGUGUUACAGUGACAGAGAGGGUGUGUGUGUGUGUGUGUGUGUGUGUGUCGGUGUUACAGUGACGGACAGGGUGUGUGUGUCGGUGUUACAGUGACGGACAGGGGAUGUGUGUGUAUCGGUGUUACAGUGACGGACGGGGGGUGUGUGUCGGUGUUACAGUGACAGAUGGUGUGUGUGUCGGUGUUACAGUGACAGACGGGGGGUGUGUGUAUGUGUCAGUGUUACAGUGACGGACGGGGGGGUGUCAGUGUUACAGUGAUGGACGGGGUGUGUGUCGGUGUUACAGUGAUGUACGGGGUGUGUGUCAGUGUUACAGUGACGGACGGGGGGGUGUGUGUGUCGGUGUUACAGUGACGGACGGGGGGGUGUGUGUCGGUGUUACAGUGACAGACGGGGGAUGUGUGUGUAUCGGUGUUACAGUGACGGACAGGGGGGUGUGUGUCGGUGUUACAGUGACGGACGGGGGGUGUGUGUCGGUGUUACAGUGACGGACGGGGGGGUGUGUGUAUGUGUCAGUGUUACAGUGACGGACGGGGGGGUGUCAGUGUUACAGUGACGGACGGGGGGGGGUGUCGGUGUUACAGUGAUGGACGGGGUGUGUGUCGGUGUAACAGUGACGUACGGGGUGUGUGUCGGUGUUACAGUGACGGACCGGGGGGGGGGGUGUCGGUGCUACAGUGACGGACGGGGGUGUGUGUGUGUCGGUGUUACAGUGACGGACGGGGGUGUGUGUGUGUCGGUGCUACAGUGACGGACGGGGGUGUGUGUGUGUCGGUGCUACAGUGACGGACGGGGGUGUGUGUGUGUCGGUGCUACAGUGACGGACGGGGGUGUGUGUGUGUGUCGGUGCUACAGUGACGGACGGGGGUGUGUGUGGGUGUUACAGUGACGGACAGGGGUGUGUGUGGAUGUUACAGUGACGGACGGGGGUGUGUGUGUGUCGGUGUUACAGUGACGGACCGGGGGGUGUGUGUCGGUGCUACAGUGACGGACGGGGGGUGUGUGUGUCGGUGUUACAGUGACGGACCGGGGGGUGUGUGUUGGUGUUACAGUGACAGACGGGGGGUGUGUGUGUCGGUGCUACAGUGACGGACGGGGGUGUGUGUCGGUGCUACAGUGACGGACGGGGGUGUGUGUCGGUGUUACAGUGACGGACGGGGGGUGUGUGUGUCGGUGUUACAGUGACGGACCGGGGGGUGUGUGUUGGUGUUACAGUGACGGACGGGGGUGUGUGUCGGUGUUACAGUGACGGACCGGGGGGUGUGUGUCGGUGCUACAGUGACGGACGGGGGGGUGUGUGUCGGUGUUACAGUGACGGACGGGGGGUGUGUGUGUCGGUGUUACAGUGACGGACCGGGGGGUGUGUGUUGGUGUUACAGUGACGGACGGGGGUGUGUGUCGGUGCUACAGUGACGGACGGGGGUGUGUGUCGGUGCUACAGUGACGGACGGGGGUGUGUGUCGGUGUUACAGUGACGGACGGGGGUGUGUGUGUGUUGGUGUUACAGUGACGGACGGGGGUGUGUGUCAGUGUUACAGUGACGGACAGGGGUGUGUGUGUGUCGGUGCUACAGUGACGGACGGGGGUGUGUGUCGGUGUUACAGUGACGGACGGGGGUGUGUGUGUGUCGGUGUUACAGUGACGGACAGGGGUGUGUGUGGGUGUUACAGUGACGGACGGGGGUGUGUGUGUGUCGGUGUUACAGUGACGGACCGGGGGGGGUGUGUUGGUGCUACAGUGACGGACGGGGGGGUGUGUGUUGGUGUUACAGUGACGGACCGGGGGGUGUGUGUUGGUGUUACAGUGACAGACGGGGGGUGUGUGUGUCGGUGCUACAGUGACGGACGGGGGUGUGUGUCGGUGCUACAGUGACGGACAGGGGUGUGUGUGUGUCGGUGUUACAGUGACGGACAGGGGUGUGUGUGUGUCGGUGUUACAGUGACGGACAGGGGUGUGUGUGGGUGUGUUCCAAUGAUGCGUGUAGCCAUGUGUUGCACAGAGGUUGUGUGUGUUGCUGAUGGGAGAAGUGCUAUGGUUAGGGUCAGAGCUUUACAGUCAGGUUUGGGGAGUUACGGUGAGCUUUGGGAUGUUACGGAUGGUGUCGGGGCAUUAUGGUUUGGGUGUUACGGGUGGGGUUGUGGUGUUACUGAGGGAGGGGUAUACCUGACUGUACCACUGACUGUACCUUCCUCCUGUAGUGUGUUACUUCGCUGCUUAUGUUAAUCAUUGCUGAUAUUUACACGCUGAUUAACUACGUGGUGUUCAUUAACUACCUGUGCUAUGGUGUCACCAUCACUGCGCUGCUGUUACUGCGGUGGAGAAAACCCAAACUCUAUCGUCCCAUCAAGGUGAACCUGCUCUUCCCCAUCGUUUAUCUGCUCUUCUGGGGUUUCCUGCUUUUCUUCAGUUUCUGCUCAGAGCCGCUGGUGUGUGGGACUGCCCUGGUGAUCAUCCUGACCGGUGUUCCUGUCUACCUGCUUGCUAUCGAGUGGGACCAGAAGCCCAAGUUCCUUGGGCACAUCAUUGGUGAGUUCACAUCGGGGGUGGGGGAGCCUUGUCUAGCAGGGGAGGGGUGGGUUUGGUCACAACAUAGAGGAGUACAGCACAGGAACAGGCCCUUCAGCCCACAAUGUUGUGCCAAACCAACUGAAUUAGUAAUCAAAUGGCUAACUAAACUAAUCCCUUCUGCCGACACAAUGUCCGUAUACUUACAUUUUCCUCACAUUCAUCUGCUUCUCUUAAAAGUCCCUAAUAUUUCAGCCUCUACCACCAUGCCAGGCAGCAAAUUCCUGCCAUCCACCACUCCCUGUAUUUAAAAAAAAAACAACUUGCCCCUCUCAUCUACUGUGAGCUUACCCCCCUCUCACCUUAAAUGCAUGCCUUCUAGUAUUAAAUAUCUCAACCCUGGGAAACUGCCUACUCUAUCUGUGUCUCUCAUAACCUUAUCAGCCUCUUUCAGGCCUCCCUUCUGCCUCUGCCACACCAGAGACAACAACCCGAGUUUGUCCAGCCUCUCAUUAUAGCACAUGCCCUUCAAACCAGGCAGCAUCCUGGUGAACCUCUUUUGCACCCUCUCCAAAGCCUCGACAUCCUUCCUGUAAUGGGGCGACCAGAACUGUCCAGACUCCAGAUGCAGCCUGACCAGAGUUUUAUAAAACUGCAACAUAACCUCCUGACUUCUGAACUCAAUGCCUCACUAAUAAAGGCAAGCUUGUCACGACUUUUCAUAACCUCCCUAUCAACCUGUGUGGCCACUCUCAGGGAGCUAUGAACUUGGACCCCAAGAUCCCUCUGUUCAUUAACACUGUUAAGGGUCUUGCUUUAAGUGUGAUAUGGGGGAGUCAGGUGGAAUCAAGCCUAGCCCUUGACUGAGUACUCCUUACACAAGGUGUGGGAUACCAGGAGGGUAUCUGUCACUCACACUGGGACCCUCUCCCACCAAUCCCCAGCUAUUUAUUUCAAUGCAAGCAAUCUGAAAGGUGAGGCAGAUGAACUGUUUGGAUAACUGUGAGACUGCAAAAGACCACAAAACAGUACAGGCCGUUUGGCCCGUGAAAUUGUGCUGACCUUUCAACCUAUUCUAAGAUCAAUUUCCUUUCCUCCCACAUCCAUCUACCUAUCUAAGGGUCUCUAAAAUGAUCCACCUGUACCACCACCCCUGGCAUCAUGUUCCACACACUCAGAGUAUUGGUAUAUUAUAGCCAUAGCUAAUGGAGAGACAGCACUGACAGCUCAGUGAUCCAGGCUAUGGCUGUUGUAGGUGGGAAAGGGGUAUAGGGCCGAGAGGAGGAGGAUUUGUCAGAGAUGUGGGAUCAUCAUCAUCAGGUGCCAUGCCCAGUUUGAGCUUUGACUGCCUUGGCCCACACACUCCUGUUUCGGGUCAAGUGGAUCAAGUCAUUGGUAUUCAUUUCCAGUUCUCUGGCUGCAGUCUCCAUCUUUUGUCUUUGCCUUCUUCUUGCUUUCUUCCCUUCAAUUUUUCCCAUAAUUACUGUGCAUUCUAACUCCUCUUUCCUAAUCACAUGUCCAAUAAAGUUACGUUGCCUUUUCAUGAUCUCAUAUAUUUCUCUUUUUGUGUUUGCUCUGUUCAUGACACCUUCGUUAGAUAUUUGUUUUGUCCAUGAUAUUCUUUGCAUCCUCCUCAAAAACCAACUCUCUGCUGCUUUAAUUCAUUUCCUCGUGUUACUAGAUAUUGUCCAACAUUCUGAAGCAUAUAACAUAACUGGAUAAACAUAACAUUUCAGUACUCUGAGGUGGGUUGUCAUGCCUAAUUUAGUGUUGGUCAGAAUAUUCUUCGUUCUCGUAAAGGUGUCUUUUGCCAUCCCUAUUCUUCUGAAGAAUGGAGUAGGAAUUCUUAUGGAUGAAAACAUAGCCAAAAGUGUUUUAGGACUUUGGGCAAUAUCAGAAAGAGUGCUCCUUAUUAAGAUUCAGAGGACAACCAUUUGAUUUAGCAAUUAUACAGUAAUAUGCACCAACAACAGAUGGAACAAAUGAGGAUAUAGAUAAAUUCUAUGAAGAGCUUGAACAAGCAAAGAAUGGAUGCAAAUCUCAAGAUAUUGUUAUUAUCAUGGGAGAUCUAAAUGCUAAAGUAGGACAAGGUGCUGAUGGAAAUACCAUAGGAAAAUUUAGAGUAGGGGAAAGAAAUGAAAGAGGUGAGAAAUGGGUAGAAUGGUGGAAGAUGAAUAAUCAGGUCAUUAUGAAUACCUACUUUAAAAACCAUCCAAGACGCUUGUGGACCUGGAACAGUCCAGGUGAUAACACCAGAAAUCAAACUGACUUUAUUACUAUAAACCAAAGAUGUGGGAUCAUCCAGUGGAAUUAAGAAAUAAGGAGAGGGUGGUCACCUCAUAGGGGUUGCCCAUAGUGUUAUGGGCUUAGAUAGGGUGGUGCUUGUUAAGUGCAUUCUAAGGAAGUUCCCUUGGGCGAUCAAUAGAGGCUCAUGUAGGCAAUAUAUUAUAGAACAUAGAAUAGUACAGCACAUUACAGGCCCCUCGGCCAACCCUCAAACCCUGCCUCCCAUAUAACCCCCCACCUUAAAUUCCUCCAUAUACCUGUCUAAGUAGUCACUUAAAUUUCACUAGUGUAUCUGCCUCCACCACUGACUCAGGCAGUGCAUUCCACGCACCAACCACUCUCUGAGUGAAAAACCUUCCUCUAAUAUCCCCCUUGAACUUUCCACCCCUUACCUUAAAGCCAUGUCCUCUUGUACUGAGCAGUGGUGCCCUGGGGAAGAGGCGCUGGCUGUCCACUCUGUCUAUUCCUCUUAAUAUCUUGUACACCUCUAUCAUGUCUCCUCUCCUCCUCCUUCUCUCCAAAGAGUAAAGCCCUAGCUCCCUUAAUCUCUGAUCAUAAUCCAUACUCUCUAAACCAGGCAGCAUCCUGGUAAAUCUUAUCUGUACCCUUUCCAAUGCUUCCACAUCCUUCCUAUAGUGAGGCAACCAGAACUGGACACAGUACUCUAAGUGUGGCCUAACUUGUGUUUUAUAGAGCUGCAUCAUUACAUUGUGUCUCUUAAACUCUAUCCCUCGACUUAUGAAAGCUAACACCCCAUAAGCUUUUUUAACUACCCUAUCUACCUGUGAGGCAACUUUCAGGGAUCUGUGGACAUGUACCCCCAGAUCCCUCUGCUCCUCCUCACUACCAAGUAUCCUGCCAUUUACUUUGUACUCUGCCUUGGAGUUUGUCCUUCCAAAGUGUACCACCUCACACUUCUCCGGGUUGAACUCCAUCUGCCACUUCUCAGCCCACUUCUGCAUCCUAUCAAUGUCUCUCUGCAAUCUUUGACAAUCCUCUACACUAUCUACAACACCACCAACCUUUGUGUCGUCUGCAAACUUGCCAACCCACCCUUCUACCCCCUUAUCCAGUUAUCAACAAAGGUUGACUACUCCUGGAUAAUUUGGCCAGGCAGGUCACUGAGGGGGUAGUGGCGGGCAGUGACCACAGUUCUAGUAGUUUUAAAUUAGGUAUAGAAAGGGUAGAACUGGUCACAGGUUUAAGAUCUAAAUUGGGAGAAGUUGAAUUUUAAUGGUAAUUGUAGACAGUAGCUUGCAAAGAUUGAUGGGAGGAAGUUGUUGGUGAGCAACGAUCCAUAGCGAAGUCAGAAGCUUUGGAAGAUGAGAUGGUGUUUAAGGUCUGUGUGUUCCUGUCAGGGUGAAGCACAUAGCUGGUCAGAGUAGUGAACCCUGGAUGAUGAGAAUAUUAAGGAUCUGGCCAGGAAAGAAAAGUCACUGAUCAGAUAAACACACAAAAUGCUGGAGGAACACAGCAGGUUGGGUAACAUCUAUGGAGGGGAAUAAACAGUUGACAUUUCAGGCCGAGACCUGACAGGUGAGGGUGGGGGAGAAGGAAGAAGUAAAAAGUUGGGAGGUGAUAGAUGUAAGAGGUAAAGGACUGAAGAAGGAAUCAGUGUCAACUGAGAUCAAGUGAAUCUCUGGAGCUGUAAGAGUGUACAUGGAUGUGUGGUGUCUGCAAGGGCAUGCCUCACAAGUCCAGUAGAAUUUUUGAAGGUAGUCAGUGAGGGCAGAAAGAAGAAGCAGGCUUUUGGCCUGAUGAGAACAGAAUUUGGGUUGUAUAUUACAUGUGUACAAGACGUUGGUGAGGCUGCACUUGGAAUAUUGUGCCCAGUUUUAGUCACUCUAAUGUUGGAAAGAUGCCAUUGACUGGAGAGUGUGCAGACAUUUACAAAUGUAUUUCUCGGACUCGGGACUGAGUUAUGGAGAGAGGUUGAGCAGGUAGGGACUUUUCACCUAGAUGUGUCGAAUGAAGUGUGGUCCUAAAGAGGUGUACAAAUUGCAAGGGGUGAAUGACAAUUUUUUUCUAGAGGUUGGGAAAUCUUGAACUAGAGGCACAGGUUCAUAGUAACAAGAGAAAUAUUUAAAAGAAGCUUGAGGGUCAACUUUUUCCACCCAGAGGGUGGUCAGUAUCUGAAAUGAGCUGCCAGAGGAAGUGGUUGAAACAGGUACAGAAACAACACCUGAAAGGUACUUGGAUGGUAACAUGAAUAGGAACAGUUCAGAGAGAGGUGAACCAAAUGUAAGCAAAUGGGACUAGCUGAGAUGAGAAGCUUGGUCAGCAUGGACUGGUUGGGCCGAAAUGUCUGUUUUCAUGCUGUCAGAGUACAGGGGUGUGGAUCCUGGGUUACUAAGUAGGCAGAGGUGGGGAGAACCUUGGCUGCCAGGGGCUGAUGGGGGACUCCUCUGUCCCUGAGCCCACCCAGGGACAGGAAAGACCCUUUCUCCUACCCAGAUUUCCUGACAUUUGUUUUGUUUUACAGAAUCAGCAAUGUUUUCCGGACAGAAGCUGUGUUUUGUUGUUUACCCUCAGGAGGAGAUACCAGAGGGAAACGGACAACCUGCAACCCCAAAUCCAGAUGGGAAGUAGUAACUGUUGCACAGCGGGUCCGGACCACAUUGAGCAGUCACCAUCCCCUGAUGUCACCCAGGGCAGGAAUGUGUUGCCAAAAACACACGAGCGUGUGCCCGAGAGACAGAAGUUCCCAGCUUUUCCCUGUAGUGGUGGGUAGAGAUCCAUAGAGAAUGUGGGCAGGUCCAGCAGGUUGCAGCAGGCACAAGCCCAGUUUUUGAGACAGGACCCUGAUUCCAAACCUCCCCUCACCCAUCCCAUCCUGAGAAAUCGCGCUGAUCUGAGGGGGAGUCUGGGCAGUGAUGCAGACAGUGAGCAGCAGUGUCCCAGUACUGUGACCCCAAUAACCAUCUGUCCCAGGACACUGUUCUCACUGACCAUUCUGCCUGGGAUUGAGAGUGGCCACAAGUCUCCCCAGACAGCCCCCUGAACACCAUUUUCCCCCCCACCUCCAUCUGCAGUCCUGACCCUGGUCUGACUGUUUCCCCUGGCCUGUAGUCAGGCCACAGGAGACGGUGAGGAGCUGUGAUGAGGGGCCAAUUCCUCCCUCACAGUCCAGGGAGUGGGUAGGGAGGGGGAGUGGAGAGAAACAGGGAUGGGUAGCAGGCACCAACACUCACUGUCCUGACAGGACAAACUUCAGGAAGAUCAUUUGACUCAAUAAAACUUCUUGAAUCCACCUCCUGUCUCUUUCCUCAUAACCGUAAAAUUCCUGGUGUGCAUCCCCAGUGGUGAUUCACUCUGGUUCUGUAUCAGGAUUGCGACUGGGUGGGUGGGUGAAAACUAGGCAAAUGCAAUGUACUGUGAGGUCGCAAACUUGAGUGAGAGGAAGCAAAAGGCAGGUUAUCAUCCAACGAGUGAGCUGAAAUUAGAAAAGUUCAGAGCAAUCUUGGUGUCCCGAUGAAUGAAUCAUAAAGUUAGCAGGCUGGUCAACAAGGUGGCAAGUGGCAGUUGGCCUUUAGUGUACAGGGGAUGAACAGUAGGCAUGUUCUGUUUCAUUUAUACAGGUGUUGGUUAGGUCACACCUGCAAUACUGUUCAUCAUACUGUCCACCCCUUACAUACAAAAGGAUGCAGUUCCAUUGGAGGCAGUCCAGGGAUUCACCACCUGUCUAAUCACUAAUGUCCUGAUGAAGGGUCUCAGCCUGACACAUCUCUACUCAUCUCUAUAGAUGCUGCCUGACCUGCUGAGUACCUCCAGCAUUUUGUCCAUUUCUUCCAGCAUAUGCAGAAACUCAUGUUUCCAAAGAUUCACCAGGCCAAUUCCUAGCAUGAGAUGGUUGUUGUAUCACCCAUUCCCCCCCCCAUCACUUAUACUCUCCCCUCCCCCUCGACUCCUGCUGGGGCAGUUGUUGCUGCUGUGCCCUGAUUCAAGGUGAAAUCUGAGGGUUUGCAGCAUUUUCCCACCUGACUGACAAAAUUGAUACACCACACAGCUUAGGAACAUUCAGCAAGGCACAGGCAGGA